UUUAACGGAAAGAAGCUCACAUCCGGCAAGUUCUGGAUCACGCACCAAUAGAAUCGGAGGAUUGCUGUUGCGUCAUUGAAAAAUUGACACCCUAGCGACGACCAUUUAAGUUUCUCCACAGUAAUUCGCGCUGCUCUUCACUUCCAUCACUUAUCUGUCCGAAUUUCCGAGACUUUGUUUCAGGUUUUGAGGCCAUGUCUGGCGCCCCCGCAGUUCCCACAGCGCCCCCUACUGGAUUUUACGACACAGUGCCGGGAUAUGAGGGGACAUUGGCCGGCGGAGGAGGGUUUCUUCCUCCUCCGAUGCCCUCAGCGCCUCUGCCCGCGGCGGACAACCUGCCUGCUCAGACCAACUGGAAUAUAACCUCCAUCUCAGAGGAAGCCGCACGUGAGGCCUUCAUGGGCUACGCGUCCAGUAAAUGUUGUUACAGCACUGCGCCGGUCCGAGAAGGGGUCAUCACCAACUUGGAGCCUUUCAACACCUACAGGUAUCGCUUGGAGACCUUCGCUGAGACGAGAUCCACUGAAUGGAGUCAUGAGCCAUACACAGGCCAGCCUGUGGAUGCGUUUAUCCAGCCUGCUCCAGCUCCGUGGGCGAUCACGGCCCAAACACCCACUUUCUUCCAGGAUCAAACUCAGAACAUCAGAGUGCCAUAUACUUCCUCAGUCAAGAGCUGUCAUACCUGUAUGGGAAUGGGCAAAAUGCCAUGCAAGGACUGUGCAGGCUCUGGAAAUAAACUCUGCUGGGUGUGUAACGGGAGCGGGUUUCGCCAUGGAACCGAUCGCUGCACGCACUGUAACGGCCGCGGAAGAGAAAACUGUACCCGGUGCCAUGGAAAUGGCUCCCGUGAUUGUGAAACAUGUCGAGGGAAGAGGCAGCUCCUCAUCUUUAUCACACUCAAGAUCCAGUGGAAUACUUAUAAAGACGAUUAUGUGGUGGAGCAGUUGAGCGGGCUGAAUUCGGAGAAUCUUAACAAGGUCACGGGCAGGGCAAUGUUCACAGACUCCCAGUACAUGCUUUACCCGGUGAGGGGUUUUCCCAGCGCUUCACUGAGCCAAGCGUCUGAACGUUUAAUACGAGAACAUCAAUCCAAAUAUUUCCAGACUUCUCGUAUUCUGCAGCAGCGUCACACCAUCGAGCUGAUCCCCAUCACCCGGGUGAACUACGCUUGGAAAGGGAAGACCCACAGUUACUUUGUGUUUGGGAACGAGAACUCGGUGCACACUGACAGCUACCCGGCCACAUGCUGCUGCUCGGUUAUGUGAUCCCAUAAUUCAGCAGCCAGAACACCAGAUGAUAAAAUUCUAAUCAAUUUAUAACCUGAUAUAGUCUACAGUGUGUAUGUAAUCAACAAUCAGACACAAAUUUUCAGCAGAUUUCACAAACGACACAUCACAGCAAGCUAACUGCCAGCAAUUAGGCUAAUCAGCUAGUUAGUGUCUCCUAGUUGGCUGUCGUAUUCUUUACAGUCAGUUCUUUGCUCAGGUAUCAUCUGUUCCAUUCCUGGUCGACUUGUUCUGAUUUGUUUCCACAUAAUGACAGUAUUAGGACAGGAAGAAAUAUGAAAUAUUUACUUGAUCCUAGGGUUUCACAAUCUGUUUAUAUAAACCAUACAGAACUCGCAUUGCCAUUACUAACCAAUGGCACUGUUUUUCUUAAUUUGUUCAUCAGGAUUGUGAUAGAUUGGCUUAUACACACACACACACACACCAAAUAGGGCAAGCAUGGGAAACAUUUAAUCAUCACAUCGAACAUUAAUCUGAUCAUCAUCAUCAUGGAUUUCGAAUAUUAUUUGCACGCAUUUAAGUCGUCAUGACAACCGGCAACACUAGAAAAAAGGGCUGAAAACGAUUGUAUGGUUCUAAAUGAUGCCUACUUUAUUUCUGUUCAUUGUGGCUUAUUAGCUAUUACUAGUCGUGUUUAUAAGCGGUAGUUAUUAAUGUGUCAUAUAGAAUUCAGAGCAUAUGCGCAAGUCUAUAGACUCUUAACCAGCUUACUGAUUUGUAAUAUUUGCUCUCUGUCUACUCGUUAGGGUCAAGACAUGAUGAAGGAGAGCAGUGGAAGGUUAAAAGUCCUGUUCAGGAUGGAACAGUGAUGAUGUGGGGUUUUAGUGAUGUUGGGAUUUAAAGGGCAGCUUUCCAGUCAGCAGGCAAAAUGUUUUAUUUCUCCUGUCAACCCUUCGUUUCGUUUGUUUUGUCUGUAACCGAUGGCAUUAACGUGACCACUCAAUGUUUGUCAUCUGCCUGUCCAAAAAAAAAGUCACACACACUAAUAUUUCAUUGGACCACCUUUAGUGCCACUAGGCAUGAUGGGGGAAUCACUUCAUCCUCCUCAUUUCUUACCCUGAUCACUCUGAAACAGGGUAAAUCUGAACUCGUCAGACCACAUGACCUUCUUCCAUUGCUCCAGAGUCCAAUCUUUAUGCUCCCUAGCAAAUUGAAGCCUUUUUUCCCCGAUUAGCCUCUUCUUAAGACUACUCAGGUGUUUAGUCCCAAUCCCUUGAGUUCCCUUCGCAUUGUAUGUGUGUUAAUGCUCUUACUUUCGCUAUUAAACAUAACCGUGGGUUCUACUGGGUUUUUUUUUUUUACGAUUUGAUUUCACCAAACGUUUAACACGAUCACGAUCAUUAAGUGAUCACGAUCACGAUUUUUUUCCGACCACAUUUCUGACACAAAGAUGAUGCUUCCUCACUAUACUUCCAGUUUUUUAAGAAUGCAUUGGACCGAUCUUAACCCAAUUUUAGACGUUUCAGCAAUCUCCUUAGAUGUUUCCUUUGCUUAAUGCAUGCCAAUAAUUUGACCCUUCUGAAACAGAUUAACAUCUUUUCCAUGACCACAGGAUGUGUCUUCCGACAUGGUUGUUUAAGAAAUGAGAAGCUACUCCUUGCAUCAUCUAUCCAUCCAUUUUCUAUACCCGCUUUAUUCCUGAUCAGGGUCAUGGGGAUCUGCUGGAGCCUAUCCCAGCACACACAUUGGGAGAAAGGCAGGGGUACACCCUGGACAGGUCAGCAGUCCAUCACAGGGCCACAUAUAGACAGACAACCACACACACUCACACUCACUCCUAUGGGCAAUUUAGAAUUGCCAAUCAACCUAAUGUACAUGUUUUUGGACUGUGGGAGGAAACCGGAGUACCCGGAGUAAACCCACGCAGACACGGGGAGAACAUGCAAACUCCACACAGAAAGGCCCCUGUCUGUUCGAACCCGGGAUUCAAACCCAGGACCUCUCCUUGCAUCAGUUAGGGAUAAAUAACUUGUUGCCAGCUGAAACACAAUCAUCCAUGCAGUAAUUAUCCAGUGGGAGGCUCUUACCUAUUUGCUUAGUUAAAUCCAGGUGGUGACUUUAUUUUUUGGACGCCCAGUGUAUGUUCGCCGCUGCUAAAUUCUCGUUUUUUUCUCUAUUCUCUAUUCUCUAUUUUUUGUUUUUUUUCCACAUAAAGCUGUUUUUGAAAUCUGUGAUUGUUGUAGUGAAUUUUUUCAGAAAGGAGAUAUAGCACUUAAGGAAGGAGUCUCCAGUGUCGCAGUUGGAGGGAAAGCUGGAAGAGAGCCUUUUGAAAUAAAAAAGAUGAGUUAUGUUUAAAUGACAAACUGCAUUUUUUUAAAAUCUUAUCUUGUUUAUUAUAUCUGUGGGAAAAUUGCAACAAAGAAAUUUCCAGGUAAUGACCACUUCACUGAGUAUUUUCAUUUUACAAACUGACUGAUAUCUUGUAUUCUCUUAUUUUUCAAUGCAUGUAGUCGUGGAAAUCUUUUCCUGUCACGUACCACUGAACAUGAUUGACAUUUAUAUUGCUGUUUUUUUGUACUUUUAAUAAACAUGCCAGUUUGUAGGCUCUCA